AUUUGUUUUAUAUUUUGUUGCAUUUUUAUAAAUGAAAUUAUUAAAGAGUUUAAAUUUUAUGACUGACUGAACUUUCAAAACUCUACUCAAAUUGAUGGAUAUAAGGAAAUAUCUAACGAAAAACAAUGAAAUAAAUUUUCCAACUAAUGUCUCAUGCAAUAUAUACCCUGUUGAAGAUGAUAAUCAUGAUCUAAAUACACGAGGGUCUAUUGAAAAUGAUGAGGGUGAUGUAAAUACACCAGAAUUUAAAAUUAAACACCUAACCAUAGUUUUGACUAAAUUAAAAUUGCCUGUACAAACCACUUUGGUUAUCCCCAAACGUAGGAAGGAAGAAAAUGAUUUUAUUGAUCACUUCAAAUUUCUACCUAGUACAAGUAUAUCAAGUAUUACAUUAAAUAAAAAUGAUGAUAGUCAACAAAAUGAACACACCAAAUCACUUAAUAUAGAAAAUCAGAGUUUUAAUGAUGAAAUUGAUACCAUAGGCAACAAUUUACCACCCAUAUCAAAUAUUUUAUGACCUUAUUUAAAUGUAUUCAUUUAAAUUUUAGAGAUACCUAGAUACUCUAUUAAAAAAUAUGAUAAAAUCAGCUAAAUACAGUUGAUCUAUCUACCUAUUACAAGUAUAUCAAGUAUUACAUUUAAUAAAAAUGAUGAUAGUCAACAAAAUGAACACACCAAAUCACUUAAUAUAGAAAAUCAGAGUUUUAAUGAUGAACUUGAUACCAUAGGCAACAAUUUACCACCCAUAUCAAAGAUACCUAGAUACUUUAUUAAAAAAUAUGAUAAAAAUCAGCUAAAUACAGUUGAUCACUUCAAAUCUCUACUUAUUACAAGUAUAUCAAGUAUCACAUUGAAGAAGAAUGAUAAUAGUCAAAAAAAUAUUAUAGGCUGUAUCAAUUUAGAAUUUAAAGGAAUAUAUUAAUUAAUAUUUACACCAAGGGCUAAAAAAAUGGUGAUUACAAACAAAGAAAUACAUUAAGUCACAACAAAUUACUAUCUAAUAAAUAUAUAUCUAAAAAAUCUACAGAGAAUUUAAAUGGAAAUGUUAAUACCCUAGACUACAAUUUACCACUCGUGUCAGCUAUACCCACAUACUCCAGAAAAGUAAAGAAUAAUAGACAACCAACUAUACUAGAUCAUCUAGAAUUAUCACCUACUACAAAUAUAUCUGGAUUACUUGGAGAGGACAUUUAUAUAAAUGAACUUGAUACUUUAGCAAUACCCUCAUAUUCCAGAAAAGUAAAGGAUAAUAGACAACCAACAAUACUAGAUCAUCUAGAAUCAUCACCUACUACAAAUAUAUCUGAAUUACUUGGAGAGGACAUUAAUAUAAAUGAAUGAUACUUUAGCAAUACCCACAUAUUCCAGAAAAGUAAAGGAUAAUAGACAACCAACUAUACUAGAUCAUCUAGAAUCAUCACCUACUAAAAAUAUAUCUGAAUUACUUGGAGAGGACAUUAAUAUAAAUGAACUUGAUACUUUAGGUUUCAAUUUACCUUACACAUCAGAGAUAUGCUAUGCCAAUUCAGAUUUCCCUUAUGAUAUAUUAAAUUUUGUUACCCAACAUAUUAAAGAGAAAUUAUACACAUAUUCUAAAAUAUGGAAUCCUCCUUCAUCAUAUAUUUUCCCUCAAAUAAAUUCUAAAAUGAAGAGGUUGUCAUUCCAACAUAAAUGGCUAAAUCAGUAUACAUGGCUUAGUUACUCUCAACUUACACAUUCAGCAUAUUGUAAAGUAUGUGUAAUCUUUGGUCCUAGAUAUGGUGGGAUCAAUUGUCAAAAGUUGGGAGAGUUGGUUUUGCAUGGAUUUGUCAAAUAUAAACAUGCAAAAGAGAAAUUUUCAUCUCAUGAAAAAUGCAAUUGUCAUCAGAACUCAAUAAAAAUGUUAACCAAUUUAAUGCAAAUUGCUAAAGGUAUGAUUCCAGCUAUUGACACACAACUCUCAAAUUUGAAAGCAAAAGGGGCCAAAAAUAAUUGUAAGUAUUUGCAAAUUAUUAUUCAAGCUAUCAUUUACCUGGGAAGACAGGGAAUGCCACUAAGAGGCCACCGAGAAAAGAGUGGUAAAUUGGAUUAUAAUGAUACAUCAGUUAAUGAGGAUAACUUCAAAGAGUUGCUCAAAUCAUAUUGUCAUCUAGGUGGUGAUGAAACCAAGUUGAUAUUUGAUAAUGUGGCUAAUAAUGCCAUAUAUAUAUCUCCCGAUAUACAAAAUGAAAUUAUAAACAUAUGUAAUAAUCUUAUUGUUGAAAAAUUGAUUAAAAUUGUUAAUAAAUCUACCUUUUUCUCUGUACUUGCAGAUGAAACAACUGAUAUCUCAAAUCAGCAACAAAUGUCAUUGGUUAUCAGAAUAUUAAACUUGGACACCAUAAAAAUUAGUGAAUUUUUUUUGCAAUUUAUUCCACUUAAUAAUGGUACAGGAGAAAAUAUAGCCAAACAAAUAAUAUCUUUUUUAAAAAACAAUGAUAUUGAUAUAACUAAAAUUCGAGGCCAAGGAUAUGAUGGUGCUCCAGCAAUGUCUGGAAAAAUUAAUGGGGUUCAGGCCUAUAUAAAAAAGAAGUGCCCAAAAGCUCUUUAUGUACAUUGUGGAGAAUAUUCUCAAAAUUUAGUUAUCUCCAAAGCUUGUGGAAUUUGUGAGAUUGAUAGUUUAAAAAUCGUAUCCAAAAUAAUUGAAUUUUUAAGUUGUGGGAAGCGAUCAAAGGUGUUGUAUCACGUUUUAAAAGAUAUACAAAGAUCCAAAGUUCGAAAAUUAAAAAAAUAUUCGCCAACAAGAUUUCUUCAGAGACAAGAUUCAAUUACUGGAUUCCUUCAAGCAUUAGAAGGCAUAGUUGAAACUUUAAAAAUAAUAAGUAGAUGGAAUGAUAAUGAUACAUCUAAUAUUGCCCAAGAAUUGUGUUCAUCAAUUUAUGAAACCCGUUUUAUUAUAUCAAUUUUUUGUAUGAAUUAUAUUUUUUUAAAAACUGUAAAUUUAAGUCGAUAUCUUCAAAGGGAAAAUAUCAACAUUGUGUCAGCAAUGAAUGAAGCCAAGAGGCUUCUUAAAAUAUUUGAAGAUGCUGAGGUAAAUGCCAACAAUAUUUUUUUACCAAUAUAUGAAAGAUGUUUAAGUUUGGGUGAGAAACUUAAAAUUAAUAUUGAGAAACCUAGGCUAAUCAUAGAUGACAUGUUAGCUUUGGAAUCAACUUUUGAUUAUUAUAAAAAAGUUAUUUUUUUACCAUUAUUAAAAACAAUUAUUACUCACUUUAAAUUAAAAUUUGCUGGGCAUAACAAAAUAUUUUAAUUUUCUUUUGCCAUCAUCCUCAGAACAAUUAAUUAUUAACAAUAAUAUAAUGCUUAGCAUUAAAAAAAUUAGUAUUUUUUAUGAAUCCGACAUUAUCGGUGGAUACGAACAGCUAAAAUCAGAUACUGAAGCUUGGUGGACUAGGAUUAAGAUUUCUAUAUAUAUUUAGAAGAGCCAAUCCAUUGGUCCUCGCCUGGCCAGAGGUUGCCCUUAAAUAACUUUUAAGUCAAGCCAGUGUCGAAAAUGACCGCUCAUUGGUGCAAGUAGUUAUAGGAAGUGUUGCUAAUAUGAUUAAAAGUGUUUUGAUAUUUGUUCUUAAGUUUAAAGUUUCCUUAAAUAAUUAAUUGUAAUGUCUCAACAGGGUUGCUGGGACGAUCUGUAGGGAUGAUGGUGCUUAGAUCAGAAUGCCAAGCUUCAGUAUCUGAUUUUAGCAUGUCUAAUUCAUAAAAAAUACUAAUUUUUAAAUUCUAAACAUAUUAUUGUUAAUAAUUAAUUAUUCUGAGAAUGAUGGCAUAAAAUAUUUUGCUAUGCCCAGCAAAUUUUAAUAUAAAGUGAGUAAUAAUCGUAAAAAAAUAACUUAUAAUAAUCAAAAGUUGGCUCCAAAGCUAACAUGUCAUUUAUGAUUAUUAGCCUAGGUUUCUCAAUAUUAAUUUUAAAUAUCUAUCAUAUAUUGGUAAAAAAAUAUUACCAACACAAUUUACGUGAUACGUGAUAUAUAGCGCAUCGCCCUCUAACGUUGAAUACACAACAGAGCUACGCUAGGUUUUCCUCAUUUCCAUCUAAUUGGAACAAUUUAAUUUGGGUAUAAAAGGAAAAAUAUGAGGAGCCCUCCACCCGUUUGUGGGCAAGCCGCACGUACUUUUAGGCACAACAUUUCGAAAAAUGUUGCUUAAACCUCUAUAGGCUAUAAUUUAAAAGGAGUGGGACAAAGAAAAAGCCUAUACCCAAGAACUACAGUAUAAUUUAAUUACUUUAUAGGUGGGUGAUGGCUGAUUUUAAGCUUAAUUUCUUUAGUGUAAGUUAUAAUUACUAUCAAUAUUGAGAUAUAAUGUUCAUAGAAUCUGUAAAUAAAUAUGAUUAAAAUAAAAUAAUAUUUACCGUUCUAUCACUUCAAAUUUUCCACCGGAAAUUGCAUUACCAUUUUUUUUAUAUUAACGAGACGAGAAGCGUGAUUUUUCUUAAAAAAGAUUUUUUCACUUUGAAGGAUAUCGACUUAAAUUUACAGUUAAAAAAAACAUUUAUAUUUUAAUCUAUAAUUUUAAUGUGUUUACUAAUAAUAAAAUAUAUUAUUUAUAAUUAAGGCAAUAUAAUAUUUAUAAUUAAGGCAGUAUAAUAUUUAUAAUUAAGGCAGUAUAAUAUUUAU